GGGGUGGACGUGCCUACAGCCUUAACGGGGUAGGCAGGAGAGGAUUUUAGUGUGUUUGUGAAGUGAAGUGACAAUGCCGUGCAGUGAAGAUGAUGACUCUCAGAGUGGAUUUAUGUCGGAGCCUCCUCAGGGAAUGUCCAAAGCUGAACUUCGGAAGACGAACAAACCGAUAAUGGAGAAGAAGCGGCGCGCGCGCAUCAACCACUGCCUCAACGAGCUCAAGGACCUCCUCAUGGACGCCAUGGAUAAAGACCCGACGCGUCACUCCAAGCUGGAGAAGGCAGACAUCCUGGAACUGACUGUGAAGCACCUUCAAACCCUGCAGCGACAACAGCUCGCGGCCGCCAUCGCCGCCGACCCUGCUGUGCUCCACCGGUUUAAAGCUGGCUUCGGAGACUGCGCGGUCGAGGUUAGGAGGUACCUCUCCAGACUAGCGAGCGUACCAACAGGGCUGAGACACCGCUUGGGGAAUCAUUUGAAUACUUGCCUCUCUGGCAUGCAAAGGUUAAACCCAGAGUUCAGAGACCCACCUCUAGUGCCAGACCCGCUAAGGCUAGACGAUGAAAGACCAAGCGCCUUUCACUUCGUAAGGUCCACCAAGCCACACAGUCCGCCACUAAGCCCUCUAUCCUGUGACUCCGCCUGUGACUCUUCAACUGAACUCGAGACUCCCCCACGACCGGUGCAAACAUUCCCCUUCCCCACUCCUCCUAGCAGAUCCGCGUCAGACCAAGACUCAAGCCCAGAAACACAAAAACCAACAGUAUCCUCCACGACGAUAUCACCAGAAACGCUAAAGCAAGAAGCUUUAAGGAACAAAAAAUACAUGGAGCCGUUGUCAAUAGUCAUCGAUGUGGAGAACUAUAAAAUUGGCAUCGACGCGUCACCUAAGAGAGCAGUGGAUUAUUCCAUGAGGAACAAACUCAAAAGACCAGUGGUUGACUUGAUGGGACCGGCUCCGAAAGUCGUAAGAAUAGAACCAGAAAGAACGGUUACCAUCCCGGAAAGAAUACCCGAUCAUAGGGAAAGAUUGAGCCCGGAAAAAUCUUCUGCGUUUAGGAAAGUCCCAGAGAGAGUACCGUUUCAGGAAAAGAAGUUUACUUUACCGGAGAGUAUCACAACUCCGAACGUGGCGCCUGCGCGGUCCAUGCCAUUUAUCCGAACCGUGAUCAGUCAUACAGCUGAGUCGUUGGCGCAGUCUUCAAAUGUAUUUGUAAAGGAAGAAAAUUCUUCAGCUGUGGUAAAGAAAGAGGAGAAAAUAGAACCGAAAACAGAAGCCGACAGCUCGCGGGCGCCGGCGCAGGGCGGUUCUGGCGCGUCAGAAAUGUGGCGUCCUUGGUGACAUCCAUAGAAGACAGAUUGUAUAUACGUAUUUUCCAAAUGACGAAGGAAUUAUAUCAAAAGAGCUUAAACUAGUUGAAACCGCGCCAGGGUUUAUCCCUAAAU